AUGACCUCGAUAAUCGUUAUCAGUAUGCAUGAUAUAAAACCUGAUGAAAAUAAGGAAGAUUCAAUGGGGAAGAAUGUAAUUGAAUCCAAAUUGACUACUCGAGAAGAAAAAACGAAAAAUACAAAUCGAAGAGAAUUGAGAAAAAGAAUAAGCAAAAUGCCACCUGAAAUGGACAAAUUAACAAAUGUGAAAAAGUCUAAAAAAUUAAAAAAUGAGAAAAACAUUCGAGUGAGAAAUGUGAAAAAUAAAAAAAUAGGAAAAGGUAAAAUGGAAGAAGAGAAAAAAGAUACGAGUGAAAAUGUGGAAAAAGAAUCUUCUUUGCCAGCAUCCCCAUCAUCAUCAGAGGAGGAGGAGGAGGAAGAUGAAUCAAAUUUGAAAGAAUAUGAAGUUGAAAAAUUAAUAGAUAUAUAUAUGAAAAAAAAUAAUGAAAGAAAAUUUUUAGUGAGGUGGAAAGGUUAUUCAUCGAAACAUGAUACAUGGGAACCUGAAAAACAUUUAAAUUGUAAAGAAUUGAUAAAUGCAUUUUUAAAAAAAUUGGAUAAAAAGGACAAGCCACCGUCAAGCGUGAGAAACAGUAAAAGGAAAAUCAUAAAACCUAACGUUAUACAAUUUGGAAACGUAAAUACAAAAAAAAGUUCGCGUUUAAAACGAAUGCCAAGGCUAUCGUAUUACGAACCUGAAUAA